AUGCGCGCAAAUCUUCCCUCCGUCACCUCCCUCCGUCGCCUCCUUCUAGCUUCCCUUCCCUUCGACAACGUGCCCUUCUCACACGCACACACACACAAGUACCGCGUCGUCCAGUUUCACACCGAGGCCCAGUGGUUCGAGCCCUAUUCCCUCGAUGUCGUCAACAUCGACCCUACCUUUCGCGACCACUAUAGUGCUUUCAGCCCGACCUCCAACCUCCCCGUACUCGAUUGUAGGCUUUGUGGGUCCUCGAUGGAUGAAGUUGGCGACGAGAGGCUCACUCGGAUGUUUCAGGCCGCCAAUGACCAAAGGGAGCUCGACGGGUGCGUUGAGGGGUUUGAGGUUUGGCAUUUGAGCAGAAUGGUCGGGUCUGAUGUUAGGAGCACCAAGGGUUUGGAGGAGUUGUAUAAGAAAAUGCUGGUUGAGAUUCAUAAUUUUACUAGCUUAGUAUGCCUCGGUUAG